GAGAGGAGAGGAGAGGAUGGCGGGCGGCGGGAGGUCGGCAGCCUGGAGCACAGUGCGGCGGCGGCGGCGGCGGCGGGGCCCGGGACGCCGGGAGGAGCAAGAGGAGGAGGAGGAGGCGGCGGCAGCGGCCGCGGCGCUGCGGCGGCGGAUCCGGGAGGCUCGGGAGAAGCUGCUGCUGUCUGACUUCUGGGAGGCGACGCGGGGAUCCGUCGGCCGGUGCCUCCGGAGGCAGCGGGAGCAGAUCCGGGGAGCGGCGAGUCCCGUCCGGGAGAUCCCCGGCGCGAGCCCCGGGGCGGAGCCGGCCCCGGGCCCGGCCUCCCACAAGUGCGUGUGCUACGGCCUCGGCAACUUCGCGUCCUGCGCGCUGGCCCGCUUCCAGCUGGCCUUCCUGCUUCUGCUCCUGGAGCACGCCCAGAUCCCCAGGAACCACUGCUCCGUCUUCGAUCCCGCCUUCUCCCCGCUGGAGAUCGCCGUCCUCGACGACCUGGGCGUCACCGUGCUCCAGGAGAACGAGGAAGGCAAGCGCGGCGUGGGGGACGAGCCCACCCUGUUCUACAUGGUCCACUGCGGGACGGCCCUGUACAACAACCUGCUGUGGAGCAACUGGUCCGUGGAGGCCCUGGCCAGGACCGUCAUCGUGGGGAACAGCUUCGGCGGGAUCGGAGAGCGGUUAGCCACGCGCAUCUUCCUGCGAGACUACCCCUACGUGGCCCAGAUCUUAGAAGGAACGGAAGAAGUGGCCUUCCCCCAGACCCCGGAGUACACGGACGUCUUCAACGACACUUCCCUCCACUGGUUCCCCGUGCCCAAACUCAGAGAGCUCCCGCCGCGGGUCUGGCUCUCCCGGGAGGAACCGGACUACCGGGACUGUGACGAGCUGGAGAUCGUCAGGAAGCGGCGAGGCCCGGCGCCGACCGACACGGCCGCCUCCCCCGACGGGCCUCCCGUCCGCCGAGGCCCACGGCCGCCGCCCCCCGCGGAGCUGCGAGACGCCCCGGGCGGAGGGUCGGGAGGGUCCGGGGGCGCCGUCCCCGCCCACCGGGACCCGACGGGACGAGAAACGAGAGGGGACUGGCCGAAACGGAACCCGGGCGUCCCGGGGCCGGCGGGGGACUGAGCGUCCAACAAUUUGGGGGAAACGGCCCUGAUGCGCGCGGGCGACGGAGAACCGGG